AUGUGUUCACUAAUAACCGCUGUAUUUAAAGUCACUAUCGGCCUGUUGGUGAACAAAGGAAGAGAUAAACUGGCAGAGAAGUUAAAUGAGGGUGAUGUUACAGAUCAGAAGUUCCGUGGCCUGAUUGUCCGUGAAAUCGAUGAAAUAAAAUCGAAAUUGGAUGGUUUAGCAAGAAAGGAUUUGUUAGCGAGUAUCAGCCUUUUUAAAGAAGGAAUCGAGUUGUUGUAUGAAGUGUUUGAAAGUGCCAGACCCAGUAGCGAGCAUCGCGCGAUAGCAGCAGCUGCAACAGCUUGUGUUGAGCAAUUCGAUAUUGCUAAAGAAAUGAGGAAACUACAGCUUACUACCUUGGAUGAGUCCGCCACGAGGAAGCUCGGCAAAGCGAUGGAGACAUUUAGUGAAGCUCGAUUAGAAGCAAUAAAAGCUUUUAAUAAUGAAGCUUUGGAAUUAUCUGAUCGCCUGUUAGCUAUGCAAUAUCGACUAAUGGCUACGAUACUGAGGACAAUUGACAAUCCUACCGACGCAUUAGCGGCUUGUAGAGUCUGCCUUGACGAUUUACAUCAAGUGCCAGCUGUUAAAGAAUAUUUCAAAGUUGAGUUGGAGGAAGGAUUGAGAUUGAGGGCUCGCUUCAAUAAAGACGAAAGAAGGCAAAUAAUUUUUUCUGUCUGUCACGCUAAUCGUGUGAUCUAUGAUGUAAUGAGCGUGCUCGGUAGUGGAAAAAUGUGGACGUUGCCUGAUGUUGAAACCGGGAAAAAGAAAGUGGAUCCACUCCACAACGAAAGAGUCGUUAAACUACUGACAAAACAAGGUAAGGAGCACUGCUGUGUUACACCAUGGUCAUUUGGUCAGGAGUGUGAUGAGGAGCACAAGCUGAAGGUUCCGCGUGGUAUCGCUACAAACACCAAAGGACAAUACCUGAUAGCAGACGACUGGGAUAAAACCGUGAAGGUGUUUGAUAGCAACGGAAAGUUUGAUUUUAGGUUUAAUCCUCAAACUGAUGACGCCGAUACAGAGUUAGAUAUUUUGGAUGUCGCCACUGCAGGCGAGGACGAAAAUAUUUAUUUACUGGUCGAUCUGAAGAAGCCUGGGGCUGAGGAAUGGGAAAGGGAAGUGCAGAUUUUUAACAUGACCGAUGACCUACAGCACAAGUUUCCUGUAAGGAGAGGGGACUGGGGCAGACUAACAGUGAGCAGCGGCAAACAACGCGGCAAAAUUCUACUGUUGUCACGUGACGUUGUUGAUGUUCACGAGUCGAGUGGCGAGUUUGUUUGUAGCUUUGGUGGAGGAGUGUUCAAGGAUGCAAUAGAUAUCACUGCUACUUGUGAUGGUCGCGUCAUAAUACUGGACGAACUCGAUUACAGCCUUUACUUAUUAGAUGUGGAGGGACACCAGCAUGGCAAAUUUAAUAUCAAAUAUGAGAGAGAUGUCUAUUAUCGCAUUGCAUGUCACCCGACAAGUUACCAUGUCGUCCUUGCUGGUGGGGAACGAGCGACAGAACGCCUGACGCUUGCUAUAUACACCGUUAAUGGCGAGUUUGUUCGCAGAAUUCAGCUGGAUGAAGAAGUGUAUCUGCAAGGUGGAAUAACAGUGACCGUAGAGGGUCACAUUGCUGUGGCUUUAAUUACAGACAAGCAUGAUAAAGAAAAAGUAAUCGUUGUUUAA